GGCAGGGGGAGAGUGGAUUGGCGUGGGCAGACAGGGGAGGCAGGUGCUGCCAAGUCUGCAUGGCCCCAAGGAGACUGCAACACACACCACCUGUACUGGGAAUGUGAAAUACAGGCCUGGAGGAGAGAGAAUGGAGUGGGUGGACGUGGGAAACACAGCUGGCACUUGCACUGGGGCGCUACUGCAGAACAGGUGCCAAAGGAGAGGCUUGGACAAGGGUAAGGUGGGAAAUCAAGACUGCAUCAGCUUGUUCCUUUUCCAUCAGAGCAGGAAGGUGCUUCAGAAACCCCAGCAGGACAGGGCUGAGGGAGGGCUGGUCCUGCAAUAGCUGCCUGGCUUGUGGUGGCAGGGCCAUGUGGCAGGGGUCAGCUGUCACCAGCCUGUCCCCGAUCAUCCUUUUAGCGUGAGCUGUUGAGCUGAGGCUGUCCCGUUAGGCUGGGCAGAGCCGCUCGCAGUGUGCCAUGGGGAGCGAGGCUGGUGUGUGAGCUUCAGAGGAGUGGCCUCUUCCCACUGUGAGGUCUCCCAGGCUCUGCUUACUUUUCUCUGCAUGUUUCAAGCUUGGACAAAAGCCUGUGUUUGUGAGCCUUGUUCAAAAACUUGGAGCACGUCUCAGACAGUCAUUUCCCUUCCUCUGUCCCAUGCCAGAAGCUUUUUUAUUGCCCUAAUCUCCAGGCUCAAAGACUUCAGUUGUGGCUUCUGAGCUGCCCUUCAGCCUGAUAGCAGCUUUGUGCUUUGGGUCUCUGCAUUUUGAAUUCACUUGCCCUGCUGUCCACGCUGCUUUUGAUGCAGCCCAGGAUACGGUUGGCUUUCUGGGCUGCAGGCACACACUGCUGGCUCGUGUUGCAUUUUUUAUCCAGCAGUCCCCUCAAGUCCUCCACGGGCUGCUCGCCAUCCGUUCGUCAGCCGUGAUGGCUGGGAUGAUUUUUGCUGAUGUUUGGGAUUGGCCUGACCCAGGUGCAGCACCUUGCACUCGGCCCCCUUGAAGUUCAUGGAGUUCAGGAAGCAUUUGGACAACGCUCUCAGCAAUACAGUUUGAUUUUUUGGUGGUCCUGCGUGAAGGCAGGAUUUGGAUCAGAAGAUCCUUGUGAGUCCCUUCCAACUCAGGAUAUUCUGUGUGCACCCACUUCUCCAGCCCCUCCAGGUCCCUCGAUGGCAUCCCUUUCUGCCGGGGCAGCUGCUCACCACUGGACAUCGGGCUGUCAACCACAACUCCUGGGCACGGCAAGUUUCAUGUGCUGAUGUAGGGUUGUGUGCCAGGCUGACGUAAGGAUGGACCUGCCCCUGUUAACUUUGCCUCCCAUUUACCUUUAAAUCCAAAGGAUUAUUCCCUUCAGUUCCUAAAGGUUAGGGGAACCUUUCACCGCAUACUUUAUCUUCCAUUGUCUCAUUCCAUGUUCAUCCUCCUGCUGAUGGAAUAAUGGGGCUGAAGGGAGGUGUGAUGAGCAAGUGGCACAGGGCAGCAGUGCAGGAGCAGCUUGCCACACUGGGGGCCACGUGGGCACUGCCUGGAUGCUGGACGGUGCCCUCACCUCUGGAAAUCUGCACGGGGGGGUGGAGGGGUGAGCUGGGAGGUAGCGACCGUUUCGCUUCUGUGACAGCUGACAGGGCAAGGGCAGCUGCAUCGACACUCGUGCUUGGUGAAGGACUGAUGCCAAGAGCAGCAUCUGUUGUGGGGACACAAAGCUGAUACGAAUCUCAUGCGUCUGCACCGUUGCGCCCCUGGCAAGGGAGGCGUUCGGGGUCAGAUCAAGGCAAGCUCGUGCUCUCGCUUCGACUCGCUCUAGUGGAUGCACUACUUGGAAAUGGGGUAACGUGCUGAACACAAACUAACGAGGAGAAUAAGGACAAAGAAAAGUGCAAUAAAUAGUUCCUUACGUAAAGGGUUAAUGCUUCAAUCUCCUUAUUGUCUUAAGGAGCGGACACUUAGCUGCCUCCAGCUCCUACGGCGCAAACCACAAUCUGAUAAGCAAUCGGCUUUGGGAACCUGGCAGGUGCCACGUGGCGCCGUGACCCGGCCACUGCCCCUCAGGCAGCAACUCCCUGCUGCUCCCCUGAGCUCAGAGCCUGGUGGCAGCGGUCCCAUGAAGCCGAAGCUGCUGUCCCACAGCCCCUAACGGGAAUCGCUGCUCCGGAGGGGCAGGCACGAUGAGGCAGCUGGAGAGGAGGCGUGUGAGUCUUUCUGCAGGGCUGAAGAUCGGGGAUCGCCGCGGCUGCUGCCAGACCCUGGAGGAGGAGGAUGUCCACAUCCCAUUUGCACAGGAGAGCCUGGUAAAGCAGUGGCGCUCCAUGCAGAACGUGACAGACAGCAACCAGGAGAAAAGCGAGAUGCCCCUUCAGAGGAGCAAGUACUUCCUCAACAUUAACGUGGGCGGCACGCUGUUCCACAUAGCCUGCAAAGCGGCAGCCCGAUACCCCGUCACCAGGCUUGGGAAGCUGGCCAUUUACACAGACCCUACGAAGAAGCUGCAGCUCUGCGAUGACUACUCAGUGCAGAAGAACGAGUACUUCUUCGACAGAGAUCCUUCCAUCUUCCACUAUAUCUUCCACUUCUACCGCAGCGGGGUCCUGUGGAUAAGGGACGAGAUGUGCCCCAGUAACUUCGUGGAGGAAAUCGAGUACUGGGGAGUCCACCUGAAAUACUCCCAGCGCUGCUGCCGGAUCCUGUUUGAGGAAAAGCAAGACGAACUCAGCGAGAACCUGAAAAUACAGAAGGAGCUGGAGGCAGAACUGGAGCCUCUGGAAUCAGCAGAGCAGUUUGAGGGCAAAUGUUUGGGGCAGUUUCGGAAGAUGAUCUGGAACCUCAUUGAGAACCCUUACUCUUCUGUCCCAGCCAAGAUCAUUGCUGUCAUGUCAAGCCUCUUUGUGCUCAUCUCCAUUGUGGGCAUGACCCUGAGCACGGUGGAGGAGAUGCAGCACAAGACAGCGAAGCAGUGGAUGGAGCUGCUGGAGAUGGUCUGCGCCAUCUUCUUCACUUCCGAGUACCUCAUGCGGCUCAUCUCCUCCUCCAGCUUCAAGAAGUUUUUGCGGGCGGCGCUCAAUGCCGUGGACCUGGUGGCCAUUCUGCCGUUCUACAUCCAGAUCCUCUUUGAGAAUCUGGACGAAGGAGACACCCUUUACCACGAGGAGCUGCACCAGAUGGAGAAUGUGAGCAAGCUGGGCAAGGUCCUCAAGCUCAUCAAGCUCAUGAGGAUCUUCCGCAUCCUCAAGCUGGCACGCCACUCCACCGGCCUGCGGGCUUUCGGCUUCACCAUGCGCCAGUGCUACCAGCAGGUUUGCUGCCUCCUCCUCUUCAUCGCCAUGGGGGUCUUCACCUUCUCUGCUCUCAUGCACUCGGUGGAACACGAUGUCCCAGGCACCAACUUCACCAGCAUCCCCUACGCGUGGUGGUGGGCAGCGGUCAGCCUCUCCACUGUGGGCUAUGGAGACACCGUGCCCGACACGGUGCUUGGCAGGGUGGUGGCGUUUGGCUGCAUCUCCUUUGGCAUCAUCCUCAACGGCAUGCCCAUCUCCAUCCUCUACAACAAGUUUUCUGACUACUACGCCAAGCUGAAGGCCCACGAGAACGAGACCAGCCUCUCCCUCAAGCUCUCCAGGAGGUUCCGCUUCAAGGAGCGAGCUCUGCGGAAGCUGUCCGAGUGCUGCAGAGCUGAGCCCCGCUGCCACCGCUGACCCCGCGCUUCCCAGUGUCCUUCCCACCGAGCCCAAUUCCCUUUCCAGUGCCCAGCGGUGCCACAGGGGCACAGAGAGGGCUCGGGGUGCUGCUGGGCUGGGAGCCGCGGGUGCUGGCCACGCUGGGGUGCAGAGGUGGCAGCCAGAGCAUCCCCGGGAACAGACCUUCAAUAAACCAGAGCAGAACGGUUCAUCGGGCAGCCACUUUGUGUUAAUGAGUGAACGGCUCGUGCUGAGGGGUGAGUGGUGAGCUGAAUCACCCCCACUUUUCAGCACACCGCUAUGUCUGAGGAGGUGCUUUGCUGUUCCCUUGAAGUGUGGCACCGAUCUAUGACCAUACAGAAACUGCCUUGUGCUGCUCGGAGUGCACGGCCGGGGCAGCAGGGCUUUG